AUGGACGACGGACUCAGGGACAGGCCAGGUGUAACUUCUAGAUUCUUUCACAGUUUGGAAGUGAAAUAUCAAUACUAUCUCGAUCGUCUGACGCCACAUACAGCUUUUCGUUGGGUUAUCGCUCUGAUCUCUCUCGUCUUCUUCGCAUCCAGAAUCGUAUUGUUGCAGGGAUUCUACAUUGUCGCCUAUGCUGUUGGAAUCUACUACUUGAAUCUGUUCCUCCUCUUCUUAACUCCAUCAAUUGACCCGGCUCUUGAGUUUGAUGAUGAAGACGAUGGACCAGUACUUCCAUCAAAAACUAAUGACGAGUUUCGUCCAUUCAUGCGAAGAUUGCCCGAGUUCAAAUUCUGGCAUUCGUUCAUGAAGGCUACACUCAUAGCUAUCACCUGCACAUUCUUCGAGUUCUUCGACGUUCCCGUGUUCUGGCCAAUUCUUGUCAUGUAUUUCUUCAUUCUCACUUUCCUUACGCUCAAGAGACAAAUCAUGCAUAUGAUCAAGUACCGUUACAUUCCAUUUACCGUUGGAAAGCCAAGAAUGGCAGGCAAAGAAGACACCGGAAAAGUGGUUGUUGGCUAA